UUUACAAGUGAGUCUAUUAGUAUGACAAUUGUGAUGUGAAUGUUAACUCCUGUUCUCAAUUAAUUGGACCGCGCUAAGCUGCCCUACAGCUCUAUUUAAGACCCAGCCUUACACUCACUCUUUGUUGAGUACAUGUUUGGAAAGGCAAGGAGGGCGACUGGGAGUGCUAGGCUUUGGCGAGUAGUUGGCUGUGUUGGAGAGUUCUUGAAGGCUUGCUUGGGUUUUGGACCUGGAUUGGAAAAAAAAGCUACUUCCAACUUCAUAAGGCACCUCAACGUAUAAAAUGGAGGCAUUAAACCAAGCAACCAAUGCUUAUAUAGAUUCUUGGAUGGGUCCAAGAGAUACCAGGGUUAGAGGGUGGUUUCUUCUUGACAACUUUUCCCCUACCGUUGUCCUUACACUUCUGUACCUCUUCGUUGUCUGGAUAGGACCAAAAUACAUGAAAAAUAAGGAGCCAUUUUCUUGCAGGGGUGUGCUUGUGGUCUAUAACAUCGGAUUAACCCUGCUAUCCUUUUACAUGUUCUAUGAGUUAGUUACAGGAGCAUGGCAGGGAGGGUACAAUUUCUUCUGCCAGGACACCCACAGUGGCGGGGAAGCAGACAUGAAGAUUGUACGUGUCCUCUGGUGGUAUUACUUCUCAAAGCUCAUUGAGUUCAUGGAUACCUUUUUCUUCAUUUUAAGAAAGAAUAAUCACCAGAUUACAUUUUUGCACGUCUAUCAUCAUGCAACCAUGCCUAACAUCUGGUGGUUUGUCAUGAACUGGGUGCCAUGUGGACACUCCUAUUUCGGGGCCAGUUUUAAUAGCUUUAUUCAUGUCUUGAUGUACUCCUACUAUGGACUCUCAGCCAUUCCUGCAGUACGACCUUACCUGUGGUGGAAGAAAUACAUAACCCAAGGGCAGCUGAUCCAGUUUGUAUUAACAAUGUUCCAGACUACCUGUGCUGUCUUUAGGCCAUGUGGAUUCCCAAUGGGUUGGCUGUAUUUCCAGAUCUGUUACCUGAUAGUUCUGAUUGUUCUCUUCUCUAACUUCUAUAUUCAGACAUACAAGAAACGUGGUGUUUCACGAAGAAAAGAGUGUCAGAAUGGAUCUGCAGCUUCUCUAAACGGGCAUGCUAACGGUGUUUCUUCAGUGGAUAAUGUGACACAAAGAAAACUAAGAAAGGAUUGACUCAUGUCCAUGACUAAUCUCAAAAUCUGAAAUGUUAGCACAUUAAGAAAUCCCUUAUGGAUUUUGGGUUUAUAUAAAAAAGUAGAUUCUAAAUGAUCCCGAAAUAUACAUAAUAUAUUAUCAAAUGAACAAAGUAAUCUUAACCAUAAAGAACCCUGCUCUAUUAUUCAUAUUGAAUUAAUGCUGAUUAACGUUAAGGGAGCCAGAUUAAAGGUAAAAUAAAGGUACCUAUUUAUUUUUAUAACGGGAUGAACUAGACUUGUACAUUUGCCUUAGCACACCCCCCCCCCCCCCCCCCCCCCCCCAACUCCUUUUUAUGUAGCCUGUUUUUAGUGUGUUGAUGUAUUUUUUCCUAGCAUGGGCAUUUUAUAAUCUCUUAUCUCAAACUCAUUCAACGUGUUCAGUCUUACAGUACAUUUCAGUAUGUAAAUGAGGGAAACCUAACAACAAAUGUGCAUUUUGAAUAUAGAAUAACUUUAAAACCGGUAGUAGUUGUCAAACUAUUGCCCCCUGCUCCUCGCUCAGUCUGCAACACACAUGUGUCUCUGCCAUAGCCAAACAAACUCCAGUGGCAAUGUGAUGUUUCUGUAGCACAAGGACAGCCACAGUUGUAUGAAUGGUGAGUGGUGUGUCACAGUAAUAAUUUAGCAUUUUGACAUCCACUGCUUCUCAAUUGCAGAACCACGGCUACUGUAUCUGGACCAAUCUGCAAUAUUAGUUUAAAAUUAAUUGUCAUCAGUUGCCAUUGAGGUUUUGGUCAAAAUCCUUGGUUUUAUAAUGGAUACGUUUUCAAACUUUUAUUUAAGAAUGGUGAAUUACCUGGUCUAGUUUUUACCUUUAUAUAAAAUGUACCAAAAAAUUUCGAACAAAUAUUAUUAAAAACCUGUUUUGUGAAAAUAAAAUUACUGUGGGUUAUUCCACAUAUGAAUAGGAUGAUCUGAAUAAUUAUACAUUGGCACAUGUUCAUAUUUCUUAGAGGACAUCUCUCAAAUCAGUUAUUAAAGUUAUAAAAGGCCUGACGUACUAACAUUUUGCAUUUCAGACUUAAUGUGGUGAAGGGUAAUUUUAUAAAUUUAAAAUCUGUAGUAUCGAAAAGCAAAUGCUCAUAAGUUAGUGGGUUUUAGAAAUGUGAUAAAUGUUUUUUUUAUAGAUUGCUAAACAAGUUCAUUAAAAAUAUAUAGAAUUUUUUUUUAGACUACAAAGAAUGUAGCUCAAAUGUAUCAAAGAACACACUGACUUUUAUGACUACGACAAAAAGAACUGUUGAAUUUUCAUGUAAAAGGACUAAUAUUUAUAUGUACAUUAUUAUUUAAAAAAGGGUUGGCAAUAAGGCAAAUACAAAAAUGAUUCAGGGUAAUGUAAAUAUAAUUAUAGGUUUAUAUCCUAGUUAUAGUGUCAGUAAAGACAAGCAUAUGUAUGUAUGUAUAUAUAUAUAUAUACUUGUUUUUACUUACUCUCCUGAGCUUUUCUGAAGUCAAAAUACAGUUGUGCUGUACUGAUGAGCCCCAAAAAGGGCAAAACAUGUAUGCAGCUACUGUAUUUUGACUUUUAAAAAGUUGUGAAUGUAGAAGCCAUUAGGCAACUUACACACGAUUUGAUUGGCUCUUGUAAUGUUUUUGAAUUUAUUGCUUUCACUCACCUUAACUCGAAAGCUACUUGUUAUAUAUAUAUAUAUAUAUAUAUAUAUAUAUAUAUAUAUAUAUAUAUAUAUAGAUAUAUAUAUAAUAUCAUUUAUAUAAAAAUCCAAUUUCAGUUAGUCCCUUUUAUUUGAGCCAUUUCGUAAUUAAUUGUUGCAUUUUUGUAUUUGUCUUGUGGUUUUGUCGUAUGUUCAGUACCAGUUCAGUAAUUGAAGGAACAUAAGACAAAAUAGUUAAUGCUUAUACAGAAAUACCAAAGUCAUAUAUCUAGUGUCAGCCAUAAAAAUGCAGUAAUUUUAUCCACUCCCCAAUGCCAAACCAGGCUAAAUUGUUAGAUCUACACCAUUUGAAGUAAGCCUCCAACCAAAAAAAAGCAAGCCAUCUUUAUACAAAAAAAAUUCACAAAUUAUUUUGAAGCAUUGUCAGUACAAAUUGCAAAUCCCUUUUUCUUUAUUAUCUUGCUGGAGGUAGGGUAAAAAAAGAAUCACUAGACUGAAAUAACUGAUCCAAAUAACUUGAUUAAAAACACUUAUCCUGAUCGAGAGUCUAAACAUUUCAAUGCAAAUAUAAUGCCUUACUUGCAACUUAGAUUUAGGUGCUGAUUCCUGUGUGGCCCACGUGUUUUUGUAGAGCACUGUAAUACAGAAAUCCUUUGUACUAUAGAAGCUUGCAUGUGAUUGUAACACUCAAUUGUAAGUGUAUUACUUCAGUGUAUAGUACACAUAUGCCUUAAUAUGGAACUGCAGGGGCCAAAGCAGUAUGUGGAAUGUUAAUGUAUGAAAAUGUGCUUACCAAGCCUAUAUAGAAGUCUAAAAGCCAUUGUUAAACAGUUUUGAUAGACUAUUUGUUCAAUUGUUUAUGUCAUAAAACCAUAACAUAUCAGCCCUGUGCAAUCUAAUAUUUGCUAUAGAAUUGUGAUCCGCAGUGUUGCCUUUUCAGUGGAUAAACUUAUUAACAGUCUUAACAAGCAAGCAGUGGGAUCAUUUUAAACAGAUAUAUUCAUAUGUUCGGACAUGGCGUUGUGCACUGCAUUCAUAUCAUGUCAUGAAAGAGCACUUGAAUAAACUAUAUGUUAUUCAUAGAAAUGAAACAGUUCAUUAUUUUUCUUAAAGAAUAAAAAAUAUUGUAUUUGAAUCGUUUCAAUGCAUAACUAUUACAUUGUGUAUGGCUGAAGGUUAUAUUAAGCCAUUUCCAUUCAGUUGUUACUAUGGUCACAGUAAAACAGGUCUAAAUAAAGAAAUGUCUAGCA